AUGACGCCUAAGCGCACGCCUAGCUACACUAUGCCUGUCGAAAUUAAAGAGGAGGUCGACCAAGCCGGCUCGGACCAAGACGGACGCGCCUCGCCGGCCGCCGCUGAAGCCGAAGUCACGACCAACCAGAUGGAAGGCGAAGACACCCAGAUGAAAGGCGAAGACACCGUCUCAUCCGCCGACACGAAGCGCAACCGUUUGAACCAGAUCAUGUCCCUCAACAAGGAGGUCAACGAACACUUCGAAUCGUACAAGAACGUCGUCCAGAUGCUCAACCACUUCACCGCCGAGUACGAGACCAACCUCGCCGAGAUCACGAGCAUCCAGGAGCAGGAAGACAACAUGUACCAGAUCCCGGCCUUCCUCCAGAACCUCACCGAGGUCGUCACCAGCUCCGGACUGUACACGGGUGAGGAAGCCCUCGGCAUGGAGGCGGAUGUUGCUACUCCUUGGUCAGAGGAGAUGGCCAGGCUCGCCAACCUCAAGGACAAGCUGGUCAAGGACAAUGAGGACUUGGGACGCUUGAUGGAGACCCUGAGGAUCCAGGUCCGCGACGCGAGCAAGAAGCUCGCGCUCAAGCAGGACGAGCUCAAGGCGCUUCAUGCCCGCAACGCCCUGGGAGGCACGUAG